UAUAAAUUAAUUAAUGCAUAAAUUGUUUUGCAGAUAUUCUCUAUUAGGUGCUUCAGGCUGUGGCAAGACCACACUCUUGUCGAUUAUUAUUGGAAUGCGACGUUUGGAUAAGGGUGAAGUGAAAGUAUUCGGAAUAGAACCAGGCAAAUCAGGAGCUAAUACAAUUGGCUACAUGCCACAGGAUAUUGCAUUAUAUGAAAUUUUUAGAAUACGAGAAAUUUUGUCAUAUUUCGGACAGAUUUACGGAAUGGCAAAAUCAGAAAUUAGAUCCAGGACUAAAUUUCUCUGUAAUUUCUUAAGUUUGCCGGACACUUCGAAGUUCAUUAAAGAUUUGAGUGGAGGACAAAAACGUCGAGUCUCCUUCGCGUGUGCUCUUAUUCACGAGCCAGAAUUCUUAAUUUUGGAUGAACCGUGCGUUGGACUCGAUCCUAUUCUCCGAGAAAGGAUGUGGAAUCACUUGUGUGAAAUAGUGGCUCAAAAAAAUAAAACCGUCCUAAUCACUACGCACUAUGUGGAAGAAACAAGAAACUCAAAUAAAGUUGGACUGCUUUGUAACGGAAGGCUUUUGCUUGAAGAUCAUCCACACGUUCUUAUGAAAACACAUAACAGCGAUCUGCUGGAGGAUGUCAUUUUAAAAUUAUACAAACAUGAUGCAUUUGGUUCUGAUAAUACAAAUGCAGAGGAAGAGUUGAACAACUCUAGACAAGUAUUCGUGGAUGGACAGAAGUCUGGAGAGUGCGUCGUGGGAAUAAAAUACAUGAGGAAGAAGUCAGAGUUCCUUUCUUUAUGCGGAACAAGUCAGGUCCACGUUGAAAGCAUACCAAAAACAUAUACGAAAUUUGCAUUCAAUGAAUGUGCCAAAAUUUCUGCCCUUUUGAAGAGGAACUUUCUCCUUCAUUUUAGACAGCCUGCAUUUGUCGUAGUGCAGCUAUUUAUUCCUGCCUUGCAAAUCCUUAUUUUUAACUUGAUCAUGGGAUCGGAACCAUACGGAAUAAAAAUUGGAGUGGUGAAUAAUGACAUCCCAAUGGGCAUUGAUAACCAAACUUUCCUCGACCAUUGCAGUCAUCAAAAUGCAAGACCCAACUCCUCGUGUUUUGGGGGAGAUCUUAGCUGCUCAUAUUUCAAAAUGUUUGAGAAAGAUCAAGUUGAUUGGCGUCCUGUCCGCUCCGAGUCUGAAGCACUGGAAAAUGUACAUCGAGGGGAAACAAUGGGAUUUCUCACAAUUCCAAAAAAUUUCAAUAAACAAAUGCAAAACAAACUGUUACAUAAGCAGUUCGCGUCAAACGAGUCUCUUCUGGGAUCCACAAUUCACAUUCGUCUGGAUUUUUCCAAUAAGCUGAGCAGCUCGUAUCUCAUAAAAGAAUUUCACGAACGCUUCCUUCUUUUCAUUCAAGAUGUUGUUGCUGGAUGUGGGGAAGAUCCACGCCUAGUUACCCUGCCUUUAAAGGUGAACGCCGUUUAUGGUUCUGUGCAAGGGGGAUGGCCGGAAUUCUUCCAGCCUGCAUUCAUCCUCUGGAUAAUUUUUCUAAUUCCAACGGCAUUUGGGAUUUUGUAUGUAGCCGACGUGAAAGCUGGCACACUUGACCGGACUUUGACCGCCGGCGUUAAAUAUUAUCACUUGCUGAUCUCCAUCCUUAUAAGUGAAGGAGUUAUGACACUUGUCCAACUUGGGCUUUGUUUCAUCGUUUUACUCUUCGGUUUUAAUUUUCAAGUUGUUGGCUCUUUAUCCUUGACCAUUUUUCUCUGCUUUUUGAUGGGCAUGAUUGGAGUUACGCUAGGAUUAUUUAUCGGAACUAUUUGCAACCAUGAGAUGGAAGUUAUAAUGGCAGUUGCGUCAAUUUAUAUGAUAACAAUUCCCGCAAGUGGAGGGGUUUGGCCAUUGUCAUGCAUUUCACGGUGGUAUCGAGUUGUGAGCUAUCUCGUCCCUGUGACCGUCCCCUUGGAAGCGAUACGAUCCGUUGUGAACCGCGGAUGGGGGUUAACGGACCCAAUUGUCUGGGAAGGUCUGUUGGUAAUGCUGGGAUGGAUAUUUAUAUGUUGCCUCCUAAGUGCAAUUUUCCACAAACUGAGACAUUAGUAAAAAAUAUAUUCAAGUAUUUCAUUCUAAAGUACUACCUCAUGUUUUGUAUUCUACUGAUAUAUUGCUUUGAAGUAAAGAAACCAUAAUUGUAUAAUAAAGUGCACACGAUUGUUUAUUAUGACAUGGAAAAA